GUAUGAUUCAGUUCAUCGUGCGCGGCAUUGCUCAACACUAGACGAAAAAUGUCACGUCGAAGAAACAGAAAAGACACAAAAAAUAUAUUAUAAAGCUCAUUAUGCGCAAGUAUUUAAAUAGAUACAAAAUAAUAUAAAAAUAUGCAAUUGUAUACUUAGUAUGUGCUUUGAUUGAUUCGAAAAAUUGUUAACGUAAAUUAUAAAGUUUUAAUAAAAUAUAUAAACAACAACGAAGGCGACGUAGUUUAUGGGUGCAUCUCUUUAGUGCGAAAAGAAGAAAAAACAAGAAGCGGAAAAAGUGUGACAAAACCAAAAAAAAAAAAAAAAAAUCAGCGAAACUUGCAGUAUAAUAAUAACACACAAAGUAAUAACACGGAGCCACACACACACACAGAAAGACAAACGCACACCAACACGACAGAAGUACACAAUAGGCAGCAAAGAGGAGGCAGGUGGCAGCUCAGUCAACAAUUGUGCCACACAUACAAAAAAUAGAAAUAAAUAAAAAUUAAGAAGAGACCACAAAGAAUCAUAAACAUAAUGAAUCGUAGCGACGGCUUGGUUAGGCGCGCUGUCAAGCCACGCGAGAAUGGAGCCGAAGGCGGUGGAGCGGGAUUGAAUGCGAACACACCGGACGACAAUCAGGACGCGCACGACAGCAACAAGGAUCAGGAGGAUAACAUCGAUGAUGGCGACUCCAAGGAGACACGUCUUACGCUUAUGGAGGAGGUGCUGCUGCUUGGCCUUAAGGAUAAAGAGGGUUACACAUCUUUCUGGAAUGAUUGCAUAUCAAGCGGCUUGCGUGGUUGUAUUCUCAUUGAGCUGGGCCUGCGUGGACGUGUUAUGAUCGAGAAAUCGGGCAUGCGGCGUCGUGGCUUGUGUACAAGAAAGCUAAUACUGAAAUCGGAUCAGCAAACUGGCGAUGUUUUGUUGGAUGAGGCACUGAAACACAUUAAGGAAACAGAUCCACCAGAGACGGUGCAAAGUUGGAUCGAAUAUCUGAGCGGUGAAACUUGGAAUCCACUGAAAUUGCGGUACCAGCUGAAAAAUGUUCGCGAGCGUCUGGCCAAGAACCUCGUCGAAAAGGGUGUGCUCACAACGGAAAAGCAAAACUUUCUGCUCUUUGACAUGACGACUCAUCCGCUCAGUGAUAAUGUGGUUAAGUGCCGUCUGGUCAAGAAGAUACAAGACGCGGUACUUUCCAAGUGGGUGAACGAUGCGCAACGCAUGGAUAAGCGAAUGCUGGCACUUAUCUUCCUGGCGCACGCCAGUGACGUCAUCGAGAAUGCAUUUGCGCCGCUCAACGACGAUGACUACGAGGUGGCCAUGAAACGUGUGCGCGAACUGCUCGACCUCGACUUUGAAGCGGAGGCGGCCAAACCGAAUGCAAACGAAAUACUUUGGGCUGUGUUUAUGGCGUUUACGAAAUAGAGCGAUUUCCUAACUCCAGAACCCCUCCCGCAACCUGGCACCACAGCAGUCAGCAGCAACACACACACAUACACACAGAGUCACACACAUAUAUACACGCUCACACACAAACACACGCACACUUACACCAACACUCCCAAGAUUUUCAUAUUCGGCUGCUUGUUUUCCCACUGAAUCGGGUGAUUCCAAAUGCGCCCGUACUUCGGAUUUCCUUCAGUUAAUUUAAAAUACAAAAAUCGUGCGAGAGACAGUACGCUGGGUUAUAGAAACAGAUAUGUAUAUAUAUUAUUUUCUAUAUUCCGCCCUCAAAAUAUCCGAUGAAAAAUUAUUCGUUUUAUUUCGUUUAUUUUUUGAUUAUUAUUUCAUUUCGCAAUUUAAUUUAUAUGAACGAAUUGCUAGCUAUUAGUUGAAUUUUACUAACAAUUAUAUGCCGUAUUAUUCCAUAAAUUGUGUUCUAUGUAAUUUGAAACAUUUUCGGCAUGCGAAUAAACGAUAUAUCAAAAUUUCA